AUGAAAGAAAUUAAAUUUAAUAUUCAAUAUAUAUUAAUAAUUUUAAUGAUUAGUAUUAAUAUUUUUGUCAAAUCACAAAAUAGUAGUACUGUUCAAUAUGUUCAAUGGGAUAAUUUACCAUCAUCAGGUUUCGAUAUUACAUUAAUCUCUGGAUCAACUAUUCUAUUUGUUGUAUCAAACAAAACUGGUGAUCAUAAUGUUUACUCAAAGGAAACACCACCUGGUGUUGAAAAGUUCUCUUCAGGUACUUUAAAUUUUAGAAAUAAUCCAUCAUUCUCUCAUAAAUUUAAUGAUAUUGGUGAUUAUUUAAUCAUUGAUCAAAUUAAUAAAACAAGUGGUGAAAUGAAAUUAUCAAUUAUUUCAAACUCUUCAAGUGAAUUUAUAAAUCCAAAUAGUACAUCAAGUGAAUCAACCUCAUCAUUGUCCUCUUCAAUUUCAAAUUCAAAUUCAACUUCAAAUGAAACUACAACAUCAACAAAUUACAAUCAUACAACCUCAACUAUUACUGAAGCUCCAUCUGGAAAUGAUGCCUCCACAAUUAGUAAAUCAAUCUAUUCUUUUACACACGUUCCAAACCAUAAAUAUUUAAUUUAA